CAUUCGAAGAUAUUGAUUUGUUGGUGUAUGUAACUGUUAUAUUCAGAAUCGCGAAGAAAGCCCGCUGUUGAGCGAAUUUUUUCUUACGCUAAGAGUUGUGUGCAAAAUAACAAACCCAGAGCAUACAUAAAUUACCUGUAAACAGAUAGCCUAUCUUGAAUUUCGAUAAAAAGGCCGUAAGUGGUGCCUCAACCCUGCAGAUAAUUUCUGUAUGGACAAUGCAUUCCUGUCUCGGGUUGUGAAUGGAGUUUCUUAUGUGCAAAGGUGUUUAGUCUGCCAGUGAACAUAAGACAUGAAAAGGAAAACCUCCAAACGUUUGAAAACAAAGCCAAAGAAUACUUCAGUAGCCACUCCUACAGUUUAUCGGAAUAACAGGAAACCAGAAGAAAUGGCAUCGACUCCUUCUGCCGGUAUCCACAAUCUGCCGUACGACGUAAUGUUUUCCAUCUUUUGCUACUUGCCGAUCCCCGACUUGGCACACUGUGCUGCCGUGAGCAAGCAGUGGCACGAAAUCGUGUCGGGCUUCACUCACCUGUGGAAGGGCAAGAGGUACGUCAGCAACAGAAGUCCAAAGGAAUCCUUCGAGACAUUCGCCAUCUUGCGCGCCCUGCCGCUAUUGCAGGAAGUCAUCAUCAAGGCGGCAGCCGAGUUUGUUAUCGACAUUUUCUACCCCCGCCUGGUCCUGUUAGUGACGGACAUUUCUGACAUAGCAUCUGCAGAGGACGGUCACAGACUGAGGUGCGCGUAUUUGUCGACUAGACUCGACAUCGCAGAAAGCAUCUUCUCUUCUCGUUCGAUUAUAGAUUUUGCGGCUCUCCAGAAAUUGCGGAUCUUCAAAGCGAUACCGACACUAGACGCUUUUGCCCGAAAACGCGACCGGGAAGUGUGUUGCUGCGCCUCGUCCAGCUCUAGUGCGGAUUACGCAGUCGGCACGGCCCUCGAGCUGUGCCCGAAUCUCACAGACCUGUGCGUCUACGCAGAGUUCUUGUCGGCAGACUAUCUGGACGCGUCGGAGGGGAUCGGCCGGUUGCGGACGCUGGAAAUCGAGUGCCCCGGCCUAGAAGAACUGGCAUUCUUGCGGCACUGCUCGGAUACGCUGGAGGAACUGGAACUGAAAGGUUGUGCCGACCUGCCGUCGGCUGCGUACGCAAAUCUCCGGCACCUGGGGAACCUGCAGAGGCUGCGGCUGCGCGACUGUUGCGUGGCGGGAGGCGACCUGGAGGUGGCCGCGACGGGUCUGAAGUCCCUCGUGUCAUUACAGCUGGAGUGCUGCGACCUCGUCUCGGACGUGUCCUUCCUGCGGCACUGCGGCCGGUUGCGGGAGCUCCGCGUCGAGGCCUCGCCGCCGGACACGCUGCUGGCGGGGCUGCGGCACCUGCCCGCCGGAGUCCGCUCGCUCUACCUGGCCGGCAGUGCCGCGAACGCGUACGAGCUGGCCGUAGUUCUGCCGCGUCUGCCACUGCUCGAGGAGCUGGACCUCGUCGGUAGCGAUCUGCCGCACCUGGGCUUCCUGCGCCACUGCCCGCAACUGCGCCGUCUCUGCCUGGAGUUCUCGCACUGGCCCGGCACGUCGGAGCUGUCGAACCUGCGUCACCUGACCAGACUCGAGGCCCUGGACCUGACGAGGUGCCGGGUUGACGCCGAUGUCCUCUCCGGUGUGAUGCCGUCACUGUCGCGACUGGAGACACUGUCGCUAUCCCACACGGAGGAUGUCGCCCACUUGUGGUUCCUCCGGCACUGCACCCAGCUUCGCACUUUGUCACUGUUCUACACGUUCGGAAUGGACUUGGAUGCCUAUCGUGAACUGUCCCAUCUGACUAACUUGCAGACUGUGCACGUCAGUGAACACGUGGUCGACUUUGUCCGUGAGUUCAUCCAACCGCGUAUGCCGCAAGUAAAAAUUUAUAGCGUACAACAGUUUAAAUAAACUACUGUUCCACCAACUUUCCUGCCCUGUGAUGCCAACGUGUGUGUGUGUGUAUUAACAUAUAUAUGUGUAUGGAUUAAUGUACAUUCAUUUGUGAAAUGAAUUUUUCAGUGUGUGUGUGUGUGUGUGUGUGUGUGUGUGUGUGUGUGUGUGUGUGUUGUUUGUUGUUUGUUUGUUAUUUCCAGUCUUACUGGACAGUGAUUGUAGCGACUUGGGUUAUCUAGUCGUGACCCACAACUUUGUGUCACAGCUUUACUUCAACCAGUACCUCACCCUGUCAUCUAAACUUCACACAAGAUCUGCAUACCUUGCUGUUGUGGCACUCCUGAGUAAAAGUGUGUCAUGGAGAAGCCAUUCUCUAAAUGAAUCUCGACUGCAGAGUGAAAGUUUAAGUCUGGAAACUACCCAGAGGCUGUAGCUAAAAUUUUUCUCCGAAAUAUUCUUUCUUCCAGUAGCCCUAGGUAUGCAUGAGAGCUUUCUGUAAAAGAGACCUAAUAUUACAAUAUAAAUUCAAAAAUUUGUGGAUAAUCGUGUAUUUUCUGUUUAAUCAAUAAUUAUAUGGAUUGACAGCAGAUAGAAAAUAGUCAUUGUUACCAUAGGAAAAAUCAAAAUGUCAACUGAAAACAGUUUAAAGAGCUUAGAACAUUAUUACACUAAAGAAGACUUACUGUGACUGCGUAAACAAAUCUCCACAAGUAUUCCAGAAAAAAUGACUAUUUAAACCUAACAAAAAUGUUUUUCAGAGUCUAAUAUUCGUGCACUUAAUUUGUCUACUGCCUUUAGGUUUAUGGAGCCAUAGGUUACUAUUAAGCUGAAUGCUCAUUGUACAGAAGUUUCCUUUACCGUGUGUCUGUGUUUCAACUUAUUAUAUAUAAAAGUUCUUUGAAGAAGUAUCCACCGUUGUAAAAGAAUUUUUGUAUUAAACCUUUCUUAAAAUUCUCGUUAAGUUUCAGCCAUCAUUAGUGAUAUUUAUUUUGUAUCUCAGCAAGAUGUCUUUCACUGUUCUGCAUGUAGUUUGUUGAAGUGCCAUCAAAGAUGUAAAUAAUUGUAAUAAUGCAUUUUUGUCUCCGAGGAAAAAAAUUAUUAAAGUUCCUUUAUGGCACUCAUUCUUAUGGCAUAAUUAUAUAAUAAUUUCCUUCAUUUUCCAAAAGAUAGUAAGAUUUGUUCAAAGAAGUAAUGAACAUGAAAUUGUAUGAUGUAAAUAGGUGCAGAUAAUAAAACUGUGUGCUGAACAGAGGUUGAAACCAGCAACCUUACCUUUCGCAUGCAAUGCUCUUGCAAGGUAAGCCGUGCAUCUUUCUUUACUUUACUCAAGGUCUUUUGCUGUGCUCAAAUACAAUGACUUUAGAUGCAAAGCUUAACCAUAAUCAACACAUCAUUCAGAUUACAUAUAUUUGGCAAGGAAUAAAAGUUAUAAAACAUGAACAUAUUAUAUCCACUAGAAUAUUUUGUAAGGAGCAAUCAAAUGAAAAAGAGUUAGCUAGGUGGUCAUCAUAAAUAUUAAUAUAUUUAUCCCACUGUGAAAAUGUUUGUGGUUGCCUACAGAACGACAAUUGUACCGCGGUGUGCAUCUCUUCGACAAAGCAAAUCGACAGCUAGGGAUGUUUUUCCUCGAGGCUCCAAAAAUAGUGACAUCACAUGGGAAGAGAUCAGCACUGUACUGAGGGCGUGUGAGGACUUCCCAGUGUAACUUUUGCAGCAUAGUCAGAAUGGGCAUGCCAGCUCAAGGAAAGUCAUGAUAAUCUAUUUCUGGGACUGCAAGGGCCUGUUGCCCAUUAACUGUCUGGAACACAGUGCCACAACUAAAGCACAGCUUUAUGUGGACACGUUGCAAAAACUGAAGCACACCGUAAGUACAAACACACACGAAUGUGGACAGACAGCAUCAUUCUGUUGCAGGAUAACACCCACCCACAUGUUGCUGCGGUCGUUUCGAUGACACUGUAUUGUUAUGGUGAUUACUUUUGAAAUAAUAAACAAUUUACUUACCUUUUGUUUCCAUCUCUCGUUUUCAUUUGACUGCCCCUUGUAUUCUUAAACAUGGUUCUAUUGCAAGUUGUUCUUGUGGAGUAAUUAUUUUGCUCUGUUUUGGUGUAUUGUUUGAACUGGUUUUAGACGUAAAUUAGAGAAAUUAAACAGCAGGAUUGCAAGAAGUUCUACAGAAUAUAGCUUAUCCUAAAACAUGAAUUUCAAAUGUAUUACCAGAAAAUGGAUAUGGUAUUUAUGUUAAUGGUAUUAUGUAUCCAUUUUUGUUUCAGAUCAGAGUGAUAUGUCCACAGUUUUGUUAAAUUAAAAAAGUCCAAUUUUA